AUGGCAAAUGCAGAGCGUGCGCGGCAGCUUUUGGCUGCAGAGAAGGAAGUCGACGAGCUGUAUAAGAGCAAUACACACUGGGCUGGGAACAACCUCAGCCUAGCCCGGACAGAGAAGCGAGAGAUCGCCGACAAGGUGGCGUCUCAUGUUUCCAAGCAUGCCAGGCUUCAGGAUGACCUCGCCAAGGUCAUCUCGAAGCAAGAAAGGCAGGAUUCCGAGAUGAAAGAAUUCAUCGACAGUCUCGUGGACCUCGACGGGAAUGUCAACAUCGAGGAACUUCGCAAGAAAUUGCGUGAGGUCAAGCAGUCGCAAUUUGACCACGCAUUGGUCCUGGUCACCAAGAACAAGGGCAGUCUCGACUUUCUAUCAAGGAUCAGCCCCGGCCAUCGUGCGGUUAUUGCAGCGCUCCAUGAUGACGAGGUAAAGACCCGUCUGACUGAAGUCAUCGCAAGCCGCGACAAGACCAUCGAGAAGCUCCAGGAAGACCUGGAAACCAUGGUUCAACUGGCCGGUUCGAAAGACCAGGAGCUUGUGGCCAUGAAGACGAGCCUUGAACAGCAGAUUCAAGACAAGGCCAAAGAUGCAUCGAGCUUGCUUGAAGCCGUCAGUCGACAGAAGGGGGAGAUCAAGAAGUUGGAGGGAGAUGUAAUGAUGAUGUCUCAUCAGAUCUCCACGGCCAACGACGAGUACUCCAGCAAGGCGUCCGAGGUCUCCAAGCUCAAUGAGGAGCUUUCAGACAAGGCGAAAUCCAUUUCCGACUUGACCAGGAAAGGGUCGGACAAGGACUUGCACAUAUCGCAGUUGGAAGAGUCACUUAGACGGAGUACGACGAGACUCUCGACUCUGGAGAACGAUCUCAGAGACAAGGAUCGGCGCAUUGCGGAGCUGGGAAGCAAGUUCACAGUCCUUGAAGGCGAUAUUGCCGCCCGGGACCGUCUCGUCGUCGAUACCGGUGAGAAAGCCAAAGCCCUCGAGCAGGCUUGCUCAUCCAAAGACGACCGCAUUUCGUCCAUGGAAUCUGAUCUGAGGGGCAAGGAUCGAUCCAUAAUCGAGCGUGAUGGGAAGAUCGAGAGGUUCGAACAAGACGUCUCUGCCCUGAAGACGAAGCAGGACGAAAUGAAGGCCCUCAUCUCGGAGCUAGACAGCGAGGCUAGAUGGCAAAAGGCCGAGAUCAUGACACUUGAAGUUAAACUGUCCACCAAAUCUCAAGUUGUGUCAGAGAAGGACGAGGAGAUCGCCAGAUUGGACGAGCAACUCCAGGCACUGGCCGGAGAAGCCGCCAAGUUGGCUAAUCAACUCAAGGCCGCCGACCAGAAACUUUCCGACGCCUGCAGCGACGUGGACAGCUUGGACCGAGAACUCAAGGCAGCUCGACAAGUCCAGACGGCGUUGGCCUCGGAGCAGCUCGGCCUGGCCCGGUUCUAUGCGGCACAGUCUGGCCUGGGCAAUGCCGGCAGGUUUGAACCGGACGCCUGGGUGCCAUGGGUGAAGAAACUGGCCACUACUAACUGGAUACAGGGGUUAGCCAUACCGCGAGAGAAUGAGCCGUGGAUGAUUCUCGAACCCUGGACCAGCGAAGAGGUGCUAGACCCCAGGCCGCCUGCCGGCUGUCUCGAAGUUGUCUCCCGGCUGUAUGGCCAGCUCUUGGAAGGACAGAGUCUAGAAGGAUCGUCUCGCCUCCUCAGAUCGCUGCUUGAGCAUCUUGUGGGGGAAGAGACGAUCCCGAUAGACGCGGUGAUUCUCCUCAUUCAGGGGUAUACUAACGCUAUGACUGGCACAGACCUCACGACUUGCAGCGAUCGCCUGCACUGGUUCUUUCUUGGUGUCUGGCAGACGGCUCGUCUCGUAAAUAAGAGGUGGCCAUCCGCGGGCGUCGAGGUGGUUGUAAGUACCUUGGCUUCGAAUCCAUCACGCCUGCGGCCUGUGUACAAGCUGCUCUGUACCGAUGCUGCCGACCUACAGGUAAGCCUGACGGAGCAGAACGCCACUCCGCGAGGAAGCCAUCGAUUCUUCAAGGAGGGCUUUGGCUUUCUGGUGAUCGAGACACUGAGUGAGUGGUUCUUGGUAAUUGACAACCGCCAUCGCUCUCUGCGCCUCGUUCAUCGGAGCUUGAGCGAAUUUGAGGAUACCGAGACCUAUGUCCUGCGAGCACCCGAUCGCUCCAAGGAUUUACGUAUUUCCUUGGGUGAUUCCCUUGACGACGUGGAUUUUGUGUUCCGUCUCUUCUGA